CUCUUCAGUCUUCACGCCCGGAGAGAGGAGAAGGGAGAUCACGCACGCGGCGCAGGAGGAUUUGGAGAGACCAUGGCGGAGAGGAAGGGCGUGCCGGCGCUCGGGUGGUGGCUGAUGCUGGUCGGCUCCCUCCGCCUCGCCUCAGUCUGGUUCGGCUUCUUCAACAUCUGGGCGCUCCGCGUCGCCGUCUUCUCCCAGACUGACAUGUCUGAGAUACAUGGACGCACUUUCGGGGUCUGGACACUUCUGACCUGUACGCUGUGUUUUCUGUGUGCGCUAAACCUCGACAACAGGCCUCUGUACAUAGCCACCUUCCUGUCAUUCAUCUACGCCCUCGGCCACUUUCUCACUGAGUACUUGAUAUACCAUACCAUGGCCGUGGCAAAUCUCAGCACAGUUGGCUUCUUUGCAGGGACAUCGAUUGUAUGGAUGCUGCUCCAGUGGAAUUCUCAUGGGGAUUCCCGCGGUUCUCACGCCGUUAAGCAGUCAUGAGUGGCGUACUCGCACGUGCCCGGGGAAGGAUACUGGAAGGAUCCUUGCGGAGGGCCAUUUCAUGUUCUCCCCGCUGGUGUUUGUUUACUAAUUUUUCUUCCGCGUCUCAGUAUUGUUUUGCUUGAAACAUUUGUUGUAGAUUCAGUUCAUCCAUGAAAAAACUGAAAAUCAGGAGCUGUAACAAAGGAAUACCAUUUCUUGAGAGAUGGACGUGGCCUGAAAACUAAACUAGCCACACCUCGGCACAUACAUGUUCUGAUGUUCCCGUAUCUUUUGAAAUGUUGAUCUUAUUUUCUCUUCUUUUCCCAAGACCAGAAAUGUUGAUCUUUGGGAUCGAGCCUGUGUAACACUUCUGUUCCCACCA